AUGUUGAGCGUGCACCAUAAUAGAGACAGCGAGGCCACAUACAUAUGGAUUGAUGGUACAGGAGAAGCAAUGAGAGAUAAGCAGCGCACACUGGCUAAGGAUCCCGGCGCACCAGAAAAUUACCCUAAUUGGAGUUUUGACGGAUCGUCAACGUUUCAAGCAGAAAAAGGAGAAGACUCUGACAUGAUUCUUAAGCCGGUAGCCGUUUAUCCAGAUCCAUUUUGUGGAGGCCAUCAUAAGCUCGUCCUCUGCGAAGUUCUCGACGCUCACUCAAAACCAGCAAGUGCGUAG